CUUCUCUUUUGCCAAGCAGUAAAAAUAUAAAAAUCCCCAAAUUCUGGCGGGAAUUUGAUUUGGCGGAAAUUGUUCAUAAUUUGACAUUUUUACUCAAGCUCGUAGUCGUAGCUUCCCAUUAUCUUUCAAUUUUGUAAACCCUAAGAGAGAGAGAGAGAGAGAGAGAGAGAGAGAAAGCUCAAAUUCUCUAAUUAACAGCUCUGUAUUUUUAGGGUUUCAUUUCUUCAUCGAUAGAGAACAUUUUCAUACCAUGGAUGGAAAUGGCCUAUCCUCUGAUGAAGUCAUUGCAAAACUGAUUGAGAUGGGAUUUCAGAAUUCUUCUGUCUUGGAAGCUGUAAAAGCAGUGGGUCCAUCAUUUGAUGAUGCUCUGGAGUAUCUCUCAAAUUAUUCUCAUAGAAAUAGUCGGGGUGCAUCUAGUAGUUCUAGAUGUUCCACAAGCAAUGAAAAAAAUCUAGGUAAAAGAACCUUGUCCUCCUUACCUUCUUCAGGUCAACUACGACAGUCGAGCAUACUGGACCAUUUCCAAUCCACAGCUAGACCUAAAAAACGCAGGACUGGUUUUCUACCUGAUGCAUUGGUUCCUGUGGAAGAACAUAAGGAAGAUCUUUCUGGCAUGCAUUGUAACCUUGAAACUAUGUCGGAAUUAUUUCCAGUUGACUGCCCUUGGGAGUUGGACAUUGCAUCAGAUUGGGAGAAGAAAGUUGUCAGUCUCUUGCAAAAGCAUUUCCGGUAUUCAUCCUUGAAGAAUUUCCAGAAGGAAGCCUUGGCUGCUUGGUUAGCUCAUCAAGAUUGUCUUGUCCUUGCCGCCACAGGGUCUGGGAAAUCAUUGUGUUUCCAGAUUCCAGCGUUAUUAACAGGGAAAGUUGUAGUGGUGAUUUCACCCUUGAUUAGUUUGAUGCAUGAUCAAUGCUUAAAGCUAGCAAAACAUGGGGUCUCUGCUUGCUUUCUUGGUUCUGGGCAACCUGACAGUACUGUGGAACAGAAAGCAAUGAGAGGCAUGUAUAGCAUUGUAUAUGUUUGUCCAGAGACAGUUUUAAGAUUGAUAAAACCACUUCAGAGGCUUGCAGAAGGUCGUGGAAUUGCUUUGUUUGCCAUUGAUGAAGUCCAUUGUGUUUCCAAGUGGGGUCAUGAUUUUCGGCCUGAUUACAGGCGACUAUCUGUGUUGCGGGAGAAUUUCAGUGCUUGCAAUUUAAAAUUCUUAAAAUAUGAUAUACCACUGAUGGCCUUGACUGCUACUGCCACAAUUCGGGUUCGGGAAGAUAUUCUUAAAUCGCUGUGCAUGUCAAAGGAAACAAAAAUUGUUAUUACUUCAUUUUUUAGGCCAAAUCUUCGGUUUUCGGUAAAACAUAGUAGAACAUCUUCACCAGCUUCCUAUGCAAAGGAUUUCAGUGAAUUGAUAGACAUGUAUGUCAGAAAGAGAAAGACUGGUGAGAAGAAACAGACUAUCAUCUCAGAAGAAUUAGAUGAUACAUCUUAUGGCUCUGAUAGUUAUGAAAUUGAGGAUUCCUAUACUGGUGGAGAUGUUGAUGAAGUAGAUUCAACGGAGGAAAAUGGUUUGACUGCUUCAAAGGGAAAAGAGAUGUCAGUUGAAUAUUUAGAAAAUGAUGUUGACGUAUUUCAGAGUGUGGAUGAUUGGGAUGUUGCCUUUGGUGAAUUCUAUGGACAAUCUUCUUGGGAGGAAGGGGAUAUGAGAGGGUUAUCUGAGACAAUUGAUCCACCAAGUAAACCAGAAGAAAGAUUAAGACUUCUGCAUGAGCCCUUAGAACAAGGUCCAACCAUCAUAUAUGUUCCUACUAGAAAAGAAACAUUGAAAAUCGCAAAAUUUCUUUGUGGUUUUGGUGUGAAGGCAGCUGCUUAUAACGCAUCGUUGCCAAAAUCACAUUUAAGGCGGGUUCACAAGGAAUUUCAUGAAAAUACUUUAGAGGUAAGGAUUUUAGCUUUUCAUGGAAGAUGCUGAAAAUGCAUAAGGCUU